AUGGUCUCUCCGUCAAGGACGUACACUCCGUCAACGUGGUCGCCUCCAUUGAUAGACUCGUUCGGCAAUGUCACAGCAGGUCUGCCAGAGGCAAAGUGGCACGCCGAACCCAAGAUCCGCGGCACCUCCAGCAUCCUUUCGUCCUGCCUAAUCACAAUGUUCCUCUGCACCUGGACGACUAUACAUCUGAAUCUUCCUGAGCAUAAGAAAGAAUCUCGACAAGUCUAUCGCAAGAUCUUAUGGCUAGUAAUCGGACUUCUGGCACCGGAACUAGUCGUUUGGAACGCUUGGGAACAGAGAUCGCAGAUGAAGGCAUUGACUAAUGCAAUGAAAGACAUGGGCUUCGUGAAGGAGAAUAAGGAAUGGAGAAUGAUAGGCUGGAUUAUACGAGCGCCGACCGAGAUAAAGGCAUUUUUCCUUUUGAAGGCUAAGGAUUGGCCUGAGCUUGCGAGUCCACGCGAAAACCAAGAGCUAUGCCACAACCGUGUACAUUCAUGGACCGAUGUUCACAGCUGGUAUGUUAUCACAGGCGGGCUAGCCUUUGAAGAUACUGCGGUCGAAGAGCUCCAAUUCAUGCCUGGAACCCGGCAACGGAUGGCCCUUACAGAUCAAACU